UUCCUGACUCCGGGUAUGUUUUCCAAGCCAUCAUAAGCCCCUCAAGAGCUCCUCCCUCUUAUCUCAGUUCUGCCUGACUUCUGUGUGAAGUCCCCGGGCCUCAGUUUUCUCAUUCGUAAAAUGAGAUUCCACUUUUAACAUUCUCUGGUCCUCGGACCACCUUUUACACACUCCUCGAGGAGCAAGGGGAAGGAUAAAGUUUGUUCCCAACUGUUGUGAGAAGAUUCAGAAAGUGACAAGUUCUCCAGGACUCUGCUGGCCCGCCCUGCUCCAGGGCGCGGCCAUCCCGGGAAUGAAGCUUGCGCUCUACGGAGCUCUCGCAUGGGCGAGCAAGGCCGGGAGACAGCUCUGGGCAGAGCCUCGUCCGCCUCCGACCCGCAGACUCUUUGAACUUCGCCACGAUUGGCUACUCUAAGCUGAGCCCGAUCCCCCGCCAAGGCCAAAAGCGCUUUCUCUUUCUGAACUCCACGCCCAGCUUGCGAACUGAAGAUCUUCCCAACGAAGGUCCUUUUGGGAGCCACCAUGUCCACAGGACUACUAGAGGGAUAUGUAGCUGCCAUGGUACUAAGUGCGGUAGGUGACUCCCUCGGAUAUUUCAAUGGGAAAUGGGAGUUCCUAUUGGAUGGUGAGAAGAUCCACAAGCAGCUUGCCGAGCGUGGAGGUUUGGAUGCCAUCGAUAUUGAAGGCUGGAGAGUCAGUGAUGACACAGUAAUGCACCUGGCAACAGCAGAAGCCCUCAUAGCUGCUGGGAAAGAAGAGAACCUGACCCAGGUGUAUUCCCUUAUAGCAAGACACUAUAAAGCAUGCAUGAGCGACAUGGUUGGCCGAGCUCCAGGUGGUGCCAGUGUGUCCAAUGCUUUGAAGCUGGAGCCAGAUGAACCCAAUGGAUGGAGGAUUCCAUUCAACAAGCAUGAGGGGGGCUGUGGUGCUGCCAUGCGUGCCAUGUGUAUUGGAUUAAGGUUCCCACACCCUGAACAACAAGACACGCUGAUCCAAGUAAGCAUAGAGAGUGGCCGCAUGACCCAUCACCAUCCCACUGGCUACCUUGGGGCUGUUGCCUCUGCUCUCUUUACCUCUUACGCAGUGAAUGGCAAGCCACCUCAAGAAUGGGGAAGGGGAUUGAUGCAGGUGCUACCAGAAGCCAAAAAGUACGUCAUCCAAGCUGGCUAUUUUGUGAAAGAGAACCUUGAAUCCUGGGACUACUUCAAAGAUCAGUGGGAAAUGUACUUGAACCUUCGAGGGAUUUCAAAUGGCAGACCCCCUAUUUUCCCAAAGCCUUUUGGUGUGAAAGAGAGAGAUCAGUUCUACAAGUCAGUGAGUUAUUCUGGCUGGGGAGGCAGUAGCGGCCAUGAUGCUCCCAUGAUUGCUUAUGAUGCCAUCCUUGCCUCAGGAGACUCUUGGAAGGAACUUGCUCACCGGGCUUUUUUCCAUGGUGGGGACAGUGACUCCACAGCCGCCAUUGCUGGCUGCUGGUGGGGGGUCAUGCAUGGAUUUAAAGGGGUUAGCCCCUCCAAUUAUAAAAAAUUAGAAUAUAAAGAUAGAUUAGAGAAAGCAGCCAGGGCUUUGUAUGUUCUCCAGUCAAAGGAAAAUUCAGCAAUUACCCUUUAGAGAGAAAUGCGGUUCUUUCCUAAUUGGUUAUACCUCUUCGUUGAGGGUAAGAAUGAUUAUAACCCCCUUUCUGUCUCAUCUAGCCCUUAGCACAAUGCCUUUCACAAAGUAAGCACUUCAUAAAUGUUUGACUGAC